AUGGGAUAUAAGAUAUAUUCUAACUCUGACUUAGUUCAAACAGUAACAUGGGCAAACUAUGAAUGGUUCGCUUUGAGAAACUCAGUACAACCACAAGCUAGAGAACAAACAGACCAGUAUGCAACUAUUGAGAAAAUAAGAAGACUUGACCCUAACGUUCCAGGAGUUUAUGUUAACCUUUCUGGACAAACUGCAGCAGCAGUAACCAAAGUAAAACUGAAACUUAGAGUUCCUUUGUCAUCUUUCCUCAUCUUCAGGUUUUUAAGAUACUUGCCAAACUGGGCAGGAAAAAUUUCUAUCGAACUUACUCCAAGCAAAAAUAACUUAGUCAUUGCACCAACACAAGACCCAUUCACUCUUACAGAAGUAGUGGGAACAAAUAAAAUGUCAUUCGCCGACUUUUGCAAAAACAAAGUUGACUUAGACUUUGGUUUCUCAAACCUCAACACUGAAGUAAACUAUUAUUUCAAUGCUGCUGGAGAUGCUUGGGACCCAGUUAAGUUCACAUGCGAAAAAUUUGAAUGCAAGAGAAUAGAAAGCAGACUUGCAGUCUAUAUGUUGGACCCAGAUAUUUCAAAUGCUUUAGCUGCCAAAUAUAUUGCAGUUCCACUUAUGUUCCCUAUACACCAAAUAUCUGUCAAAGACUUUGCAGGUGAAGUUGGAAACCAAAGUGCUGACCCAGGUGCAAGAACAGAUAUUGCUUUAACAACUGCAAUGAAACAUGCAGAUACUAUGUUUGUACUGUUCAGACGAACUAUAAAUGACUAUUCUUGUUUCUACAACCCUGGUAUUAAAUAUCAUAUAAACAUAGAUGGCAAAUAUUAUCCAAGAGAAGAAUAUUCUACAGUUGAGGAUAUGAG